CAUAUGCUGUGCAAGCAUUGGUAGUAGUAAGCUUUGAACCCUUCCUAUCAAACCAGAAAGAGGAUAGUGACACUGCAUGUUUUUUUCUCAAAAGGACCUGUACACUAAUACACAUGGCUGCAUAUUCAGUAUUAAUCCUGCUAUUUUGGGCCCAUGCUAUACAUGGAAUGAAAACCAGCAAGCCAAAUGUUUUACUGUUCGUGGCAGAUGACCUUGGAAUUGGUGACAUUGGCUGUUUUGGAAAUAGCACAAUAAGGACACCUAACAUUGACAGAUUAGCAUCUGAAGGGGUGAAGCUAACGCACCAUUUAUCAGCGGCUGCACUGUGUACCCCAAGUAGAGCAGCUUUUAUGACUGGGAGAUAUCCAGUUCGAUCAGGAAUGACGGGUCACGGUGGCUAUGCAGUGCUAUUAUUUAGUGCUGCAUCUGGAGGACUCCCACCAAAUGAAACCACGUUUCCUAAAAUUGUGAAGGAGCAAGGUUAUACCACAGGACUCAUUGGAAAAUGGCACCUUGGUCUUAACUGUGAAUCCAGGAAUGACUUUUGUCAUCACCCUUUAAACCAUGGCUUUGACUAUUAUUAUGGAUUACCUCUGACCUUAGUGAAUGAUUGCCAAGAAUCUAAACCAACUGAAACACAAAUGUCGUUUAAAAAAGAUCUGUGGUUUUAUGCACAGUUAUUUUAUGUUGCACUGGCCACCAUAGUAGCUUGUCGGCUUUUGAAUAUACUUCCAGUUCCCUGGAUAAUCGUAAUAUUAUUUGCCAUUUGCGGAAAUGCUUUUUUUAUGUAUUGGUUCACAGCUCAUUAUUUCUAUCAACGAUGGAACUGCAUAAUAAUGAGGAACUAUGAAGUUAUUGAACAACCAAUGAACCUGGAAAAAAAUGCUUUUAGUGUAGUUAAAGAGGCAAAUGCAUUCAUUCGAAGGAACCGAGAUGGGCCUUUUCUUCUCGUUGUCUCUUUUCUUCAUGUACACACUCCUUUAUUUACCACUAAAGAAUUCAGAGGAAAGAGCAAGCAUAAAUUAUAUGGAGACAAUAUUGAAGAGAUGGAUUGGAUGCUUGGAGAAAUAAUUAAUGUUAUUGAUCAGGAAGGCUUGGUGAACAAUACAGUAACUUAUUUUACUUCUGAUCACGGAGCAUAUUUGGAAGGCAUGGAAACGAGUUAUGAUCUUACAGGAUAUAAUGGAAUUUAUAGAGGUGGGAAAGGCAUGGGAGGCCUAGAAGGUGGUAUAAGGGUUCCAGGAAUAUUUCGAUGGCCAGGAGUUUUGCCAGCCAAGACUAUGGUAGAUCAACCUACGAGUCUCAUGGAUGUAUUUACCACGGUCAUCACACUCACCGGAGGCAAGGUGCCACAGGACAGGAUAAUUGAUGGUAAGGAUCUGAUGCCUUUGAUGCAAGGACUGGGUCCUCACAAACACCAUGAGUUCAUGUUCCACUACUGUAUGGAGCACCUACACGCUGCGCGAUGGCAUGAUCAGAGCAGUGAUACUGUUUGGAAGGUACACUACAUUUCACCAAAAUUUUCUCCAGAAGGAUCAGGAAUGUGUCGUGGAGCAAAAUUGUGCUCAUGUUCGGGAAAUGAUGUUAUUUACCACGUUCCACCAUUACUUUUUAACCUCACGAGUGAUCCCUCUGAGAAAUUUCCUAUUUCACAUGAAAUGGCACCCUACAGUCAAGUGCUGCAUAAAAUACAAAGUGCUGUUGCGGAGCAUAACAUGACUUUAAGCCAAGUUCCUCAGCAAUUGUAUGGGUCAAAUAACAGAUGGCUACCUAGUUUACAAGUGUGCUGUGGAGUAUUUCCAUUUUGCUCAUGUAACAAAGAAGAUAAUAUGUAACAUUCUACAACAGUAACACAACCUGUAGCUAUAUUGGGUAAGACAAAUGACAGUCUGUUAUAUUAAUCUGGUUUUGUAUUCCAAAACUGAAUGUCAGUCACUUUAAAACAGGACUCUACACAAUGACAGUGCCAAAUUCGAACAUUUCAUGCAGGCAUAAGGCCUAUAGGGACCAGAUUGUAAUGGCAGCAAACAAUAUGUGUUAGUUAAGGAGGAACGGGUAGUAAAGCUAUUGAUAAACAACGAUUUUUACUGAAUCUGAAGAAACUUUUUUUUUUAAUGAGAUAUCUACUUCCUAUCUGCUGAUUGAACUGAAAAUUCUGAUGAAGGGCAGGAAAAAUGUGGGUAAUUUUAUAAAGAACUGUUGUGAUUCAAGGAUCCAGAGGCAGAUAUUUCAGUUGAAAUUAUGGUGAAUUAGGUCUUCAUCAAUUAAUCCCUUAAUCACCUGAUAUCUCUGUCUACUUGGGUUAGAAUUAGUGACCCCACAUUGACCGACGAGCGGUGUGCAGUGCACACUGCCUUAUAAAUU